CCCGCCGGGAAUCGCAGUCUGGGCCGGAUGUGGCGGGCGGCCCUGAGCCACAGGCUCCGUGGGGGGGCUGCGGCGGCAUCGCCUUGGGGGCGCCCCGGCCCGCCGCGGCCCCGCAGCUCCCUCGCCUCGUGCUCGGCCUCCUCCUCCUGCUGGAGCUGCGGCCUGGCCCUUCCCUCCGCCUCGUCGCCGCCCCGCUUCUGCCCGUCCUGCCGCGCCCUGCAGCCCCCGGAGCCCUGCGCGGACCUUUUCCGCCUGAUGGGAUGCAAGCGCACCUUCCAGGUGGACCAGGGGCGGCUCCAGCAGCGGUUCCGGAGCUUGCAGCGCGCCCUGCACCCGGACUACUUCAGCCAGCGGCCCCAGACAGAGCAGGACUUCUCUAAACAACACUCUUCCUUGGUUAACAAAGCCUACCGGACGCUCCUGAACCCCUUGAGCCGAGGGCUGUACUUGCUGGAAUUGAAUGGAAUAGAACUGGUGAAAGGGACGGACACUGAGGCAGACCCUGAAUUUCUCUUGGAAAUCAUGGAAAUUAAUGAGAAACUCUCAGAUGCAAACAAUGAUGCUAAAAUAGAAGAGAUGGAAAACUUCAUUGCAGCUAAGCAAGAGGCGCUGACUAAGGGUGUGAGGAGAGCCUUUGACCAAGAUGAUCUUCAAGAAGCCAAAAAACUUCUAGCCAAAAUGAAAUACUUUGCAAACUUGGAAGAAAAACUGAAGAGGAAGAAAAUCCCUUUCUGACCUCACAUUUUUAGCUGGGAUUAGCUUUUCCCAUUUUAAUGUUUGCCAGGCAACUCAAAGCGUAAUGCCACUGUGGAUACUCUUCUGGAUUCUCUGUGUCAAGCUUGACGUGGCAUUGGUGUUAUGAGGAAGAGGAUGGACACUGUUGUUGCUCCUCAGGCUGCUGAAAAUAUCUUCCUGCUCCUUUGUCAAGAUACAGUGGUGGAGAUACCCUUUGAUAAACACACUAAUUCAGA